GCGACGACGCAGCGCGGUCCGGUCCACUCCAGUGAAGUCCAGUCCGGUCCAGUCCGAUCCGGUCCAGUGCGGUCAAGUUCCAGUCCGGUCCCUCUCGUCCUUCCAUCGGGCGUCGCUCAAAGUCACCGCGCCGCCGCUUCAGCACCACAAACAUUCGCAGCCUUCAACCUCCAGCCCGCUUCAUCCUGUCUCUCACUACCUUUUGUUGUAAGAAAACAAAAUUAUAUUAAUUUUAGGGGAAGGAAAUCCAAACAUUAUCUGUGGAAACCGGGGCAAGGAAAACCAAAGAGCGGGCAGGAGGAGGAUGAACAUGUCAGUGAUUUCUCUUCAGGAGUAUGACUUUGAGAAACACUUCGACGAGAGGGGAGCCAUAGAAUGGAUGCAGGAAAACUGGAGUAAGUCGUUUCUGUUUUCUGCAGUUUAUGCUGCGUUGAUCUUUGCUGGGCAGUAUUACAUGAAAGAGCGGAAGAAGUUUGAACUUCGGAAACCAUUAGUCUUGUGGUCACUGACCCUUGCUUUAUUCAGUAUACUAGGUGCUUUCAGAACAGGGUGGUACAUGUGGCAUGUCCUGUAUACUAGUGGCUUCAAGCAAUCCGUGUGUGACCAGAGCUUCUACAAUGGACCUGUGAGCAAAUUCUGGGCAUAUGCAUUUGUCUUGAGCAAAGCUCCAGAACUAGGUGACACUAUGUUCAUCGUUUUACGGAAACAGAAGCUGAUAUUCCUGCACUGGUAUCACCACAUCACCGUGUUGCUCUACUCCUGGUAUUCUUACAAAGAUAUGGUAGCUGGUGGUGGCUGGUUUAUGACAAUGAAUUAUGGCGUCCAUGCCUUUAUGUACUCAUACUAUACACUUCGUGCUGCAGGCUUUCAUGUGCCACGUAGAUUUGCCAUGUUUAUUACCCUCACUCAGAUCAUGCAGAUGAUAAUGGGCAUGGUGGUUAACGUGCUGAUAUACAUGUGGAUGCACGAGGGUCAUUGCCCUUCCUUUUUUGCAAAUAUCAUCUUGUCUUCCAUUAUGUAUUUUAGCUACUUUCUUCUCUUUUGCUGCUUCUUCUAUGAAACCUACUUAAACAGGAAGAAGGGUUUAAAGGGAGAUUAAGCUCAGGGAAAUGAACACGUUAAAGUAGGAGUGUCAGUCAGUGGUUAAUGCACAAACAUGGAUGAUAUUGUGGUUUUGUCAAAGCAGUCCAGAGUUAUUAACUCUGGGAUUCUGUAGAUUUUUAUAGGAUUGCACUCUCCAUGUUCACAUUCCCUACAGUUCUUUCAUUGGAAGCUGUUAACUAACAUCAUCUCCAGGAAGCCCUGGUGGUGUCACGUCAAGCAGAUCCCAGAAUAUUGAAAACCUGAAUCUUGUUCAUUCCCAUUUUCUACAAACUACAGACCUGAACCACAGAAAAGUGCAGAAGCAGUCAAUGGAGUUGUGUGGGUCCAUCUCAGCAGCACGCAAAGGAGUAAGCUAUGGCCUUAGAUUGUUUGAUAUGGAGAUUAUAAAUGAAUGAUUGGAAGACUUGCUUCACAAAUCCUAGUUGAGCUUUUCAGUGCAUCAUUUGAGACAACAAGAAGGGCCAUGGGAGAGUGGAAAGAAAGAAAAUUUAAGACAAUUCAGAAAUAAUUUAUUGUGCAGGAUAUUUCUGACUUCCAGUUUCACUGUAGUCCAGCUUGUGCACUAACCGCUGUAUAGUGUGUGGAACACUCUGAAGACACUAAUUUUUCCCCACAAUGAAAUCUCAAAUUGGCAUCCUUCCUUAUACUUAAGGCAGACACCUUUUGUAACACACCUUCUAGAUGCAGGUUUUCGCACCUUACUGUCUUGGUCCUGCCAACUGAACAAAACUUAAAGGAGUACUGGAAUUAAAAUUUCAUAAGUUUGUCAUUGUACUGGAAUCUAGAUAAUUGAUUAUACAAGACUUAGAGGGCUUUUCUUCUAUUUAUACAACAGUUAAAAGGCAGACCUCUCUUUGUCAUGUUUAUUUUUGACUGUAAAUGAAUAUGUCAGUUAAACAUAGAUUUCCAGUGUUCCAAAUCCCGUUAUAUAAAGCUGCUGAUCCAACCAUAAAAUAAAUAUCUUUUUAAAAUAAUAGCUUUUAUCUUGUAAUGGGGAGGGAUAGGAAGCACUUGAGAGUUUGCCUAUUUUUAAUAGUUAAACUUAUUAAAUAUUUAAUAAAUUAUUUUUGGCAUCAUUAUUUCACAAACCCAUGGCACAUUCCUUUGUCUGCCUUGUUUAAUGGAGUGUCAUCCAAACUAAGAUAAACACUCCAUUAAAAUAUCAGAAAAUGGAAUGUCACAAACAUACUAAGUAUUUAUCUGCUAAUAUCUCCAACAAUAAGUCAACCUGUUACCUAGCCAAUAACUAAAGACAAGGAAACAUUCCCAUAUAGCAUUAAAAUUGCCAUCUUUUGACAUGCCAAAGUCAUUCCUAAGCAGCAUUCUUAAAAUCAAACACUUAACGCACUGCGUCUUGACCACCCAGCAAAAUCUGCCACCUUUAGAAAAAAAGAUCAUGUGAAUAGGUGAUAACAAAGUGUGGAGCAGGAUGAACACUGCUUCACCUAAGAUGCUGCUUGGCCUGCUAUGUUCAUCCAGCUCCACACUUUGUUAUCUCGGUUUCUCCAGCAUCUGCAGUUGCAAUUUUCUCUCGUGGAUAGGUGGCUGUGUUUCAUUUACAAAAGUGCAUCCUCAUUAUAAAAGUCUCGGUACAUAAAACUUGGCCUCUUGAUGAUGAGAUAUUUUUGACAAAGAUGUUGCUGUGGAGGUUUCAUUAAUUACAGCAUUCUCAUUAGCCCAGAUGCAAUACUAGGCUCCUGACAAGUUGUAUAUUAUGGAUAGAGUAUGUCAUUUAGAUUCACUUGUCACAUGUGUAAACAAACUAACAGGAUAAAAAGAUAAUUCAGUAUCUUUACUCUCAUUCCUGUUCAUGGUAACUCAUGAACAGAGUUUGGGACCUUCGUAUAUCUACUGAUGCCCUAAUAUUGUUACCCAAUGCAAGGUGCUGAAGCAAACUUAAAUUGAGCUAAGUAUCUCAGCUUUGUUAGGUCCUCUAACUGGAAGCUCAGCUAAGUAUGGAGGAAGCUUAGUUUGUAAGUUGAAAACUGAUCUUCUAGUCUAAGCAGUGCAGUCUGUUGCUUCUCAUUCCAGGGUAGCUUCCCCAUACCAAAAAAAGGGUAUCAUGCAAAAGAUGGAUUUAGCUGUAGUGCCAUGGUCUGACAAGAUAGAUUUAGUUAAGAAACAGUGGAAAUUGUUUCCUGACACAAACAUAUGCACAAAAUCUUUUGGAAUUUGGUGUUGGUGGAGUGUGGGGUUGAUGUGACAAGGGGCAUCUGUCCUUUGUGCUCUCAUUAAAAUAGAAAACCCUGCAAUUGAUAACAUUUUAUGGAUUAUUUUGAAGCAAAUUGCUAGGAGGCAAGUUGGCCUCCACCCAACAGCAUUUUCGUGACCUUUCCUGUUAAUUCUACAACAGCCAUGGUUUAAUUGUUUCAGAAACAAUCUGUUUCACAAUUUUGAGAUUAGCCAGAGUUAGUUUGUUUCAGUGGUAUUUCAGGGUCUUUUGAUUCAUUUUAGAGUGAAAAGUGUAUCAAUUUAGAUUGUUAUAAAGUAAGUUUAAUGGCAGAUGAACAAUUAAAAGUUACUUAUUGUAAGGAAAAACAGAAAUGACUUUGAUUAAAUAUACUUAACAUUUUAUAUGGCUUGAUUGAAUAGGCUACAUUUAUUUAUGCCUCAAUAUGAGAGUGCACUUGAUGCACAUGCAAAGAUGCCAAGUCAGAACCUGUGCCAUCAAGGACAGUGACGUCCUGAGCAACACUGUAACUCAAUGUUACUUUGGAUAAUAAUAGGUUUCUCAGUGCAGGCACUAUUUCAGCUCAGUGACACCUUAAGAACAGGCAGUUGGCAUGCAAUUGGAAAUAUGAAUUUAAUUAAUUUAAAAAUGGUUUAUUGACAGUCCCUAGCUGCUUUCCCUGUUCUCCUCGCCACUCUCCUCACUUUGACUGACAGUCUGCUCUUAACAGUCACUCUGUUCACAUCUCAUCACUCCUUUUCAUACCCAAACCCCACCCCAGCCACCAAUGGCCUCUUUCUGCUGAAUCACUUUUGGAACGGAGGGGGAAUGUGAGGAAACAGGCAACAGAAAAAGGAGAAUGGCAAGAUAAUGGAGAAUAGCCAGGGAUUAGUAGUUUGGGUAGAGAAUGGCAAAACGGAGCAGGGAAAGUGGUGAGUCAAAUGGAGCAAGUGUGAGGAUAAUUGGGGAUUGAAGCAAGCAAGUAGUUGGGAAAACUGCAUAGUGAUUGGAGUGGAAGCUGACUUCCUGAUUACUAUUUCCUGUUUCCCAGCAGCAGGAGUUCUCAUGAGGGGAAGAUACAUGUGUGGCAGUGUGAAAGAAGCUGUAAUCUAGUCAAAUGCUAUGUCAGUAGAUCAGGAUGAAACAGCAUUAUUGGUUAAAAGGUAACGAGAAAGUGACAAAUCUAUAAAAGAAGAUGAAUUUAUCAUUGUACAUAAAAGUUACAAAUGUUUGCAGCUCAGUUCUUGAAAAUAGACUGGCUAAUUGUAUACAAGAUGCAAAGAAGCCACCCCUUUGAAAAUUCUUAGAAGCUGUCUUCCUGUAGAACAGUAGGGGGAAGAAUAGAGACUUGACCAAAAGCAAAUGUGUAUUUAAUAUUUAAAGAUAGUUUUGAGUUCAUUUUUAUUGUAUUUUUUCUUUUAUGUUGAACUCCAUUUUGAAGAGUUUUUUAAAAAAUUGUUUAUUUUUACAAAAAAAAAGCCAAAAGUAAAAAAAAAGUGCUGUUUGCUUUGGUACCCAGAGCUUGUUGACUUUAUCUUGCAAUUUAUUUUAAUAUAAAGGCAGCUAGAAUAUUCAGCAACAUUAUUUAGAACAAAGUAACUAAAUGGUCUCCCAUCUUGUUAAAACAGUUUCCAGAGGCUGGGUGUUUUUUCUCUUUUCAUUACCAUUCAUGUUAUUUAUAAUCUGAAGAAAGAGCCUGUUAUUGUCCAGUUGCUGGGUAAAUGCAACUGCCUGCUUUUCCAUGCAAUUUUCUUAAUUUACUCAAGGUACAUAGUUUGAAACCCAGGACUCCCCAGCAGUCAAAGGGGACAAAUGAGAAGGAACCAUACACGAUGAGUGGAAGAUAAUGUCUGGAAUUGACAUUAUAAUGUGAUGCAUUAAGAUUCAGUUACAUGCCUGUGAAGGAUGUUUUCACUGAUGGGACAAAGCACAGCUUAAGCAAAGAGUGAUUCACACCUGGAAUAGCUUUUCAGGAGAUGUAAUGUUUCUCUAUCCCCGUUGAAAUCAUCACAACUAUGCUAAACUGGCAAUCCACGGCAACUAAAAUAAUACUGCAGUUUGAAAUAACUGGAUAUUAGUGUAUGAACAUAACAUGAUGAUAUUAUCACUUUACAUCAUUUUUAACUUAGGCUAUUUCUGUAAACUGCCUCUUAGAAAUUCCAAGAAAAUGUUUGUGCACCAUUAAACAUCCAUACAUUGGAUAAUUUCAAGGCCAGUGUUCUGACACAGUUGUUUGUAUCUGUAUGUACUGUUAUUGCACCACAGCAGCAUUGCCUAAACAUUGGCUUUUAAAAAGAAGCUAGACAAAUCAACAAAUAAACACUGGUUGCUGACAGCAGUACAGUUGGCUCAAUCUACUAUCAUUAAACUAACAUAAUAAAUGGAGACACAUGCUGUUUAAUCAUAAAUGUGUAACAGCAGUUCCGAUAGUUUUCACAUGUACAACUAGGGACAGUGGAAAAGGGAAGGACCAGUUAUGUGACAGCCAGUUCCAGCAAGUCAGUUCUUUAUUCAUUUUGUCUGUAUUCUAUCUGGCUGGUUUUACACUCAGGCAGGAUAUUUCAUUUGUGUAGUUACGCACAUGCACAGAAUUCCUUUCUGAGAAGUCACAUUUUAGACAGUGGGGAAAUAAGUAUUUGCACUAUCUAAAUGUUUAUGCUGUGCAAUUCUGGAACAGGCAGGAGAUCUAAGGGACAAAAACUCUUGAUCACUUUUUAAACAGUGUUAUGCUGCACUGAAUUUGCACUUGCCAGUCAAAACCGAAGUUAUCUAGCAGCUUCCGGAUGCUUCCUUGAAGCAGUUGAGGCCUGACUCUAUUUGCAUUGAAGAUUAUACAGUAUAAAUGUAAUUGUACCUCGAGAAACUUAUGAAUGCAGAGAGUUUGCAUGAAAUGCAACCUGCUACCCAUCUCCAGGAAGUCAUUAUUUCCACAGCUUGUCUGCAAUCAUCUCAUGCCAAAUUGCACAUUUUGUUUAAAUCUAUGAAACCUGUGAGUUUUCAUUACUUGAAUACAUUUAUGUCAUGUUAACUUAUUUCAUAGGUUGUGAAAUUUUGGCUAAUUUAGAGUUUAUGCUUGAGUUUUAUACCAUUCUUUGGAAUAUAAAAGCCAUAAAAUAUUGCAGUUUUAUGUCAAUAUACUGUUAUUAGUUGAGUUUUUGUAAUACAGCUCUGUUGGUACCAAGCAUGAGAUUAUGAAAUUAACUGAUGUCUUUAAGAUGAUUAAAGGGUUCAGUAGGAUAGACAAACAGAAGAUAUUUACAUUUGCAGGGGACACAAGAACUGGGGGCCAUAAGUGUAAGGUAGUCACUAAUAAAUUCAGUGGGCAGUUCCUCAGCCACAGGGUGACUUAUGCAUGGAAGAACCUGCGACCAGAUGGAGCAGUUGAGUCAACAGGCAGUGAGGAUUUAAAGAGGAAACCAAAAAAAAACCACCUGAGGGAGAAAGCAGGUGUUGAUGGUGUUAGAUGAAGUGGGUUGGCAGGAGACUUGUAUGGAGCAGUAAAACCAGCUUGAGCAUUUUGAGUCAAAUAACCUGUUUCUGUAUUAUGAAAACUGUAUUAUCAUCUAUGUUUAAACAGUGGGGGCCUCUGUCAGCCAAACUGUCAAUGAAAAUAAUAAUCCCUAACAUCUGUAACAGGCAUGAACAAAGCAGGCACAAAGUUCGUCCAUAUGCUUAAAAGCACAGCACUAGACAGUCAUUACAUAGACUGGCUCCAACCUAUGUUUGUGACAGCCUAUGAUCAGAGAAGAAAUUAGAUUUUUUCUGUGAUCGGUUUUUUGUAGCAAUUCCCUGAAAAGAAAAGCGACAGCAGAGCAAGAAGCCAUAUCGUCAAAAUUUCACUACAAACAAACUUUUAAAUAAGGCAGUGUUAGUGUUUAACAUUCUUGAUUUGCAAAAGUCAGGGGGAAAAAAAAAAUCAGAAUUUAAAGUAUAAGUUGCAUAAGUUACUCAAGAAUUCCUAAAAAGGGGAUUUUGUGUACUAAAAUAAAAAUUUACAUUCCCAUAGUGAUACUUAAACAUUAUCACCAGCAUGUCACAUCACAAAGUCAAAUUGAGUUUUUCUAACUCCUUCCUAAAAGGCAGUUGCCCUUUAAAGAUGGAUAUCUGAAAUGAUGAGGAAAUUAAAAUAUUUUGUUUACCAUGUUUCUGUGAAUAGUUUGUAUUCCACCUUGUUUCAUUCUUCACAAUAUGCAGUUCUGUGUCUUGGUGGAACUGCUUUUCUGAUUAUCUUUCUUUUACCUUUUAAUAUCAGCUUUAAUGUGUUGUUGCUUUUCAAUAUCAGUAUUGUCCCUAAUAAGUUUACUUCCUGUCUCAAGCCCAAGCUGUGGAACAAUUCUAAUUCUAUUCUAGUUGACACUAAGUUUGCAAUACAAUUAUUAUGUUUUUAAUUGUGGAGUAAAAUAAACCAAAGUGAAAUAGUAUGUUCAAAAGCCAAAUGUUUAUAACAUGGUUGAAUUUGUUAAUCUUACCGGUGACUUGAUACAAUAUUUCUGAACAAAUAUAAAUGAAGUGUUUACUAUAUGUAUAUUAUGUUCAGUCCAUGUGUCUUAUUUAGGACAUGGUCAUUCUACAGGAGCAAAUAAAGAAUGCCAGAACUAAAGCUACAAUGAACAAGAAAAUUCACAUUCACAGAAUGGUGGGAUGCCCCUGUACCAACCACAGUACAAUCCCUUCUGGUCCUUAUUACAAUUCCCCAUUUCUUUUAGCAAUUCCAAGAUAUUUUGAAUAUUAAAUUGCAAAAGUAACUCUUUUAAAAUGCUUUACAGUAAUGAUAAUUAUAUUCAAACAUGUACUGUGAAUUCCUAGGCUUGCCCAAUCAUAUUUCUGAUCACCAGAAUCACUGGUGUGUUAAAGGCACCAGGUGAUGUACUCUGGUGAAUUCACAGAAAUAAUGCCACAUGCUGAGAACAUGCCGUUGCCCUUGUUCUAUUUAGUGUGCUAAGGGAAUAUUACUGAAAAUGCAGUAUCAGUAGGCUUGAGAGAGAUUUCAAAAUCUUUUUAAAAAUUAUCUUCCCAUCCCACCAACAUCCAUAAACAGAUGGCUGAAAUUCAGAACUCGAGUCUGAUCAUUUAAAUAUUCCAGCACAUUCAUCUUGUAUUUGAACUGAGAUUUCUUGAGGUGGCAUCAUAAUUGAACAAUUCAUCAGCACUUUUAUCUUAAAUCUGGAAACGUGCUAAGUUUCCAAGUUGCAUACACCCUUGUUAGUGUAGUGCCUUACCAACUGGGGAGCAGACACUGAUAUACGAUGGUAAAUAUGCACUUGGGAGAAAUAAAACACAUUUCAUUUAUCCCCAUCUUGUACUCCUUGCCCUGUCAGCAAACCAUGGGAGCUGGGAAACUGUUUGUUUAAACAUAGCUGUUUCAGAGGUUUCAGUAAGAGUCUGUUUUAAUGUUACAUACUGUCAGGAAAUGAGGUGGUCCAAGACAUGUUGUUUUAAUGUGCCAUAUGUCCACAAAGAUGACACCAUUUAUUUCCUUAAAUCUGCUGUUCAAUGUGUUAUAAUGUACUAAAUGUUCUGUACAUAUCCAUUCUGUAUGCAUUUGUGUUUUAAA